AUGGAACUUGGAACAAAAUGUAUUGUCGAUAUGGACAAACAGCAGACUAUAUUACAGAACCAACCAUCCCUGGAUAAAAUGGAUAGAAAAAAUCCAAAGACAUUUGCAUUCGACCAUUGUUUCUAUUCACUAAAUCCUGAUGAUGGUAAUUUUGCCUCACAAGAAACAGUAUUCGAUUGCGUAGGACGUGAUAUACUUGAUAAUGCAUUCCAAGGUUACAACGCCUGUAUAUUUGCCUAUGGACAGACAGGUUCUGGUAAAUCCUACACCAUGAUGGGUACGCAAGAAUCUAAAGGCAUAAUUCCACGUCUCUGUGAUGAACUGUUUUUGGCUAUUGCCAAUAAAACAACACAAGAUCUCAUGUGUAAAGUUGAAGUCUCCUAUAUGGAAAUUUACAAUGAAAAAGUACACGAUUUACUUGAUCCAAAACCAAAUAAACAAUCGCUUAAGGUGCGUGAACAUAAUGUGCUUGGACCCUAUGUUGAUGGUCUCUCACAACUUGCAGUUACAUCUUAUAAGGACAUUGAUAAUUUGAUGACUGAAGGCAAUAAAUCACGUACUGUAGCUGCCACAAAUAUGAAUGCGGAAUCUUCGCGCUCACAUGCAGUAUUCUCUGUGGUGCUGACACAAAUACUUACAGAUCAAGCAGCUGGAGUGAGUGGUGAAAAGGUAUCACGUAUGUCCUUGGUAGAUUUAGCUGGUUCAGAACGUGCUGUCAAAACAGGCGCUGUAGGAGAACGUUUAAAAGAAGGCUCUAAUAUUAACAAAUCUUUAACCACCUUAGGUUUAGUUAUUUCAAAAUUAGCCGAUCAAUCGAGUGGUAAAAAAGGCAGCAAUGAUAAAUUUGUACCUUACCGCGACUCUGUACUAACGUGGCUUCUCAAAGACAAUUUGGGUGGAAACUCAAAAACAGUAAUGGUUGCCACAAUUUCGCCCUCAGGAGAUAAUUAUGAAGAAACGUUAUCGACAUUGCGUUAUGCUGAUCGUGCUAAACGUAUUGUCAAUCACGCUGUCGUCAAUGAGGAUCCAAAUGCCCGCAUUAUACGAGAACUCAGACUUGAAGUGGAAACUUUGCGUAAUAUGCUUAAACAUGCUACAGGUUCUCCAGUUGGUGAUGUGCAACGUGUUGAUAUACAUGACAAACUCGCAGAAAGUGAAAAUCUCAUGAAACAAAUUUCUCAAACCUGGGAAGAAAAACUGGUCAAAACUGAACGUAUACAAAACGAACGUCAACAGGCUUUAGAGAAAAUGGGAAUUAGUGUGCAAGCGAGUGGUAUUAAAGUAGAAAAAAAUAAAUAUUAUUUAGUAAAUUUGAAUGCUGAUCCGUCCCUCAAUGAGUUGUUAGUUUAUUAUCUUAAGGAACGUACUUUAAUUGGCGGCCAUAGCAUAUCUGGCCCACAACCUGAUAUACAAUUAUCUGGAUUAGGUAUACAGCCAGAGCACUGUGUGAUAACAAUCGAAGAUGGUGGUUUGUUGAUGGAUCCUAUACAGGGCGCACGUUGUUUUGUAAAUGGUUCUGCAGUGUUGGAAAAAACACCUUUACACAACGGUGACCGUAUAUUAUGGGGUAAUCAUCAUUUUUUCCGUGUAAAUUGUCCAAAAUGCGCAAAUGCUAAUAUGACCUCUGAGCCGCAGACACCAGCACAAUUAAUUGAUUAUAAUUUUGCAAGAGAUGAAAUAAUGCAAAAUGAACUUAGCAAUGAUCCCAUACAAACAGCUAUAGCACGCUUAGAAAGACAACAUGAAGAAGACAAACAAGUUGCUUUAGAAAAGCAAAGACAAGAAUAUGAGAGACAAUUUCAACAACUACGCAACAUACUCUCACCAACCACACCGUAUGCACCAUAUACUCCUUGUGAUCCGCUGCGCUUAGGUAAAAUUACACCAAACACUCCAACUUCUCAAAUGCGUGUUGAAAAGUGGGCACAGGAACGUGAUGAAAUGUUCAAACGUUCUUUGGGUCAACUCAAAAAUGAUAUAAUGCGUGCAAAUGCUUCGGUGCAAGAAGCUAACUUUUUAGCUGAAGAAAUGGAAAAGAAAACAAAGUUUUCAGUAACUUUGCAAAUUCCUCCUGCUAAUUUAAGUCCAAAUCGAAGGCGUGGUGCAUUUGUGAGUGAACCAGCAAUUUUGGUUAAACGUAUUAACUCUGGUAGUCAAAUUUGGACCAUGGAAAAAUUGGAAAACAAACUAAUUGAUAUGCGAGAAAUGUAUCAAGAUCAUAAAGAAAGAAUACUAAAUGGUUUGCCUCUAAUUGAGACUUUCUCCGAUGAUGAAGAUUGUGACGAGGAUAGUGAAAAUUCAAAAUCCCUUGAUCCUUUCUACGAGUCUCAAGAAAAUCAUAAUCUUAUUGGCGUUGCUAACAUAUUUUUGGAAGUACUAUUUCAUGACGUUAAACUAGAUUAUCAUACUCCUAUUAUAAGUCAACAAGGCGAAGUUGCUGGUCGACUUCAAGUUGAAAUACAACGCAUUGCUGGUCAAAUGCCACAGGAUCGUAUGUGUGAAUCAAUUUCGGAAUCGUCUUCUGAUUCACGUGAUGAUUAUGAUGAUGUUGUUGAUCCAAUGGCAAAUCAAAUUACUUGUCGCGUCUCAAUAAAGUGUGCGUCAGGGUUGCCACUUUCCUUAUCAAAUUUUGUAUUCUGUCAAUAUACCUUUUGGGGCCAUCAAGAAACAGUUGUGCCAGUUAUAAAUGCUGAAGUACCAGCACAUGAUCAAAAUAUGAUUUUUAAGUUUGAACACGUCAAAGAUUUUACAGUGACCAUAAAUGAAGAAUUUUUAGAACAUUGCAUUGAGGGUGCUUUAUCGAUAGAA